AUGGAUAGACAAAAGAAUUUCGUGGCACCGAAACAUCAAUUGCAUGAUGUCUAUGUUACUUCAAAGCCAUUGAAAGAGUGGCAUAUAAUAGAAGAUUACGUUAGCAAGCUACUGAAGAAUGAUCCAGGGUUAUCAGAAAAUGGUCUUUUCGCGACUUGUUGUCAGAGUUUAAGUUCGUUAUCAAAACAGGUUCCGGAUUGGCCAGACAGCGUUUCUAAAUACGCCUCCACUUUACUUUCAAAAUGGAAGGGACCUGAGAAAGAUCACUGGUUUGAAAUUGCAAAAAAAGUUAUUCAACGUGUGCGUGACGAUGAUAAAAUCAAAGUGAAUAACGCUGAACUUCGGCAAAAGGAAACAAUUCAACGGCAGCGAACUAUGGUUUCUGCAAUUGAGCUCGUCACCACCGAGAUCGAUGAAUUACCACGCAAACGUAUUCGUACAAGUAAUCAAACAACGCCCAAUGAAGAAAUUUCAGAGGGAGAUGAGGAUACUGAUACAAGUAAUACUCCGCCACAUUUUACUUUAAUAAGUUCUGAUAGUGAAUUCGAUGAAGAUGAUAAAUCGGAUAAGGAAGAAGAAUCUUCUCUUGAAAUAAAUCUCGCAUCGUUUGACGAUUAUAUUGAUCAAAGUAAAGGAGAUUCCGAGUGGAAAUUACAAGAUGGUCAACAACUUGUUAAAGUUCUUAAUAGAAAGACAUCCGAAAUGGUUAAACAAUUUUCGGAAAAAGACAAAAAACAGCAAACUUUAAUUGUGAAGAGUGUUAUCAGGAAAGUCUAUGAAAUUGUUGAUAUGAAACCGAAAGGUUUCGAGGGUGAAGUGGAAAAUGUAAUAGACAUCAUUGAAGAG